ACCUUUAUGAACUGUUUGCAUAGGACUCUCUUUGUUGGACUUGGUGUGUGUGUGUGUUUUAUGUGAACUCCUUGGCAGUGACCCCUAUCAUUUCCUGAAACCUGAUUACAGACUGCAGCCUUGGUGCCAUGGUACAGGCUGGGUUAAUGACUUUGUUUACACUGAUACCAGUGAUCCCGUUCAGGUCCAAGUCUUCUGGCACCUUCAUUGAGAAAAUGGUCCUCUGAGCCACGUGGAGACCUCACUUCAUUCUAACCAAUCAGCCCAGGGCAGCCCUUGUUUUUCAAUGAACUGCUGCGGCUCAUCAACGGGAGGUCAAGGCUGCUGAAGUGGGUGGAUUUAUGCGCCUGUUCAGGAGCCUUAUAAGCAGAGAUGAUAGCGGCCAAGGAGACGGCGAAAGAAGCCACAGAGUAACGAGAGCUGUAGCUGAAGGGGUUGGACGCUUGCCGAAGCAGCAGGCAGGCAGGCAGGCAGGCAGGCAGGCGGGAGGAAAGCACUUACUUUUGAUUGUGCUGAGUGAGUCAGCGUGGCUGUCUCGCAUGAAUAUGGAGUGUGAGAAGUGUCCUUGCCAUCACGACAGUGGGAAUGCCAUUCUCUACACCCUGCUGAGUGAGAACUUGACUCACCACAAGGGCAGCCGGGGCUCUUCCCAACAACGCUGCUUGUGCCACAAGCGCCGUACCGUUUGCCUUCAGACCCCGCAAGCUACCUGCCAGGCAGCUUCUGACGUCUUGGUGAAGACCAUCAGCUUCAUGAAAAACCUGCCUUCUUUCCAGCUCCUGCCUUGGGAAGACCAGCUCUUGCUGCUGGACAGCUGCUGGGCUCCCCUUUUCCUUCUGGGCUUGGUGCAGGAGAUGGUGACCUUUGAGGUUACGGAGACCCCUGUACCCAGCAUGCUGGAGAGGAUCCUUCUUGACGGCCAGUGCAAGAGACAGGAGUUGCAGCGGGUGCAGCCCACCUUGGCCAGCGUGCAGCGCCUCCAGUGCUGCUUAAACUCUUUCUGGAGCCUAGACUUGAGUCCUAAAGAAUACGCUUAUCUGAAAGGCGCAAUUCUGUUCAACCCGGACAUUCCAGGUCUCCGGGCUUCCUCGUACAUUGAGAGCCUCCAGCGAGAAGCUCAGCAAGCACUCCAACAAGUCCUAGGGGUUCUCCACUUGGAAGAUCAAGGUCGAUUUGCCCGAGUCCUGCUGAGUUCCUCCUCCUUGAGAUCCAUUCCCCCAAGUCUCAUUACAGAUCUCUUCUUCGAACCCAUCAUCGGGAAGACAGACAUUCUUGAGCUUCUAAUAGAAAUGCUGAUGAUGAAAUAGUUGAAGUAACCGUAACAUCCUCGUGCUGUUGGGUCAGGCAAGCCAUACUUUGCUUGGUAUUCGAUCCCAGGAGAAUGCACAGUUAAUUUGGGAAUGCACAAUGGACAAAGCAUAACAUCUUUGCAGACAAAGAAGGUGCUAGGGGGUGAACUCGUAUUUUUUUCCUGAACAAUGCAAGAAUGCAACGUGCACCCAAGCCCUGUGAAGUAUUGUGCUUGUAACAAGGUGUUUAGAGUAAGUAAUUCCUGUGCUAGCAUAGCAGCAUUCGUAGCAAAUGAAUUGGCACCACAAAACCGUGCCGAGUCCUCGGUGCUCAGUGUCAUCAUUUGUAGUUAUGGAAUAAAAGCCCUGCCUGAACCAAACUUGUUCAAACAUGCCUGCAACUCCAAAGUGAGGCAUACAGUAUUGAUUUUUUUUAAAAAAAGCUUCAUUUAUAUUGGCUUCAGUUUCAAAGUUCAAUUUCUAUAGGGAUGUCUUGCCCAGUGGUGGGAUUCAGCCAGUUCGCACCACUUCGGGAGAACCGGUUGUUAACUUUCUGAGCAGUUUGGCAAACUGGUUGUUGGAAGAAAUCAUUAGGGCAGAGAACCGGUUGUUAAAUUACUUAAAUCCCACCACAGCCUCCCUUCCAAAAUAUAACCCCAGGAUUCCUAGUUAAAAAAAGAGCCAGGAGGUCUUUCAGAAUGCAACCAACCCUCUCCCAGUUCCUUAAAAAAAAAAAAAGGACAUGCAUAUAAAUGCAACUCAUUUUUCUAAACAAUUUUUAAAAUAAGAAUAUUGACCUGCAUGAUCAUACAUUGCAACCUUCAAGUGCAAACACUUUGCUUUAAGGUAUCCUGGCUUUUGUAUAGCUUUGUGCAUUGAGGAAAGCUAAGGUCAGAAAAUGUCAGUUUCCAUUAUUCAUCAUUUUUCUGCUUGACUGGGGUUUCUCUUCCCUCCAGCUUGCUUCCCAUAGGUUGCCUAAAGCAGCUGCUUUUCUCCUCUCCAGUUUGUAGUGCUGUGCUGUUCUGUUCGGUGCUGGUUUCUGCCCUCUUUGCACAAAUUUCCAAUGUUAGUUAUUUUGUGAGCAGUUGCUUCUUGUGAU